AUGGAUGAAGCGGCAGCCAGCGCGAAGCUGAACGUGGUGCUGUUCCCGUGGUUGGCGUUCGGCCACAUGAUCCCGUACCUGGAGCUCGCCAAGCGCCUGGCGGCGAGGGGCCACGCCGUCACCUUCCUCUCCACGCCGAGGAACGUCGCCAGGCUCCCGCCCGUGCCGGCGGACCUGUCGCCCCGCGUGCGCCUCGUGGCGCUGCCCGCGCCCGUCGUGGACGGCCUGCCCGAGGGCGCCGAGUCCACUGCCGACGUGCCGCCGGAGAAGCAGGAGCUGCUCAAGAAGGCGCUCGACGGCCUCGCCGCCCCGUUCGCAGCGUUCUCGCGGACGCCGUUGCCGACGACGGCGGCCUGGAUCGCGUUCCUGGGCCCGCGGUGGGCGCAGGCCGCGCAUCCGCGCACGACGCUGGAGGACUUCACCGCGCCGCCCAGGUGGUGCCCGUCGUUCCCUUCCGCCGUCGCCUACCGCCGACACGAGGCCGGCUGGGCCGUCGACGCGUUCCAGCCCAACGCGUCCGGGGUGUCCGACAUAGAACGCAUGUGGCAGAUCAUAGAGCGCGCCCGCUUCACCAUCUACCGCAGCUGCGAUGAGGUCGAGCCAGGGGUGUUCGCGCUCCUCACCGAUCUCUUCCGCAAGCCGGCCAUCCCCGCCGGGGGCCCUCUUGCAGCCCGACCUUGCCGAUGGCGACGGCAGCUCCCGCUCAGCUGGCAGCCACCAAAGUCCACCAUCUACGUCGCGCUUGGGAGCGAGGCGCCGCUGACGGCAUGCAACCUGCACGAGCUCGCGCUGGGGCUGGAACUCGCCGGCGUCCGCUUCCUAUGGGCUUUCCGGAAGCCGAGCGGCAUGUCCGCGCCCACCAACACCGACGUGGCCGAGCUGCUGCCUGCCGGGUUCGAGGACCGAACACGGGGUCACGGCCUGGUGUGGUCGGGCUGGGUGCACAGGGCCUCAUCGCACGGACGAUGGCGGAGCGGGGCGUCGGCGUGGAGGUGGCGAGGGACGAGGGAGACGGCUCGUUUGGCAGGAGACAGCGUCGCGGCGGCGGUGCGGAGCGUCAUGGUGGAGGAACAGGGAAAGGUGUUCGCGAGUAACGCGGAGAGGCUGAAGCAAGCUCUCCGUGAUCAGCGACGGCAGGAUCAGUACAUGGACGAGCUUGUGGGAUAUCUUAAACGUUACAAGGAUGACAGCUGCUAG